CGCCCACCCCUUCCCGGAGCCAGUGACUCACUUUCCCAUCUUUCCCGUUAUAGGAACAAAAGCAGAAAGUUAGGAAACUCAAUCUCGCACGCACACCAACACAAACAUCGUCUGGAGCUCCGAAGCGUCUGCAGUGCCUCAACACUACGAAGGUAGCGACAUUAAACUAAGCUCAAAUACGCCGUGAAGAAGACGCGGUAGUCGGGAACGAGCUGUGCUGUUUUAAGCCUGAAGCGUGAUGAGUAAUACUGUUAGCAUUAGCAAACUGAGCGAUGAAGCAGCACGAGGCUGAAAGGAGUCAAAAUGCAUAUUUUUAUAGGUCUUUUUAAAGAUUAACUAUCUGUUGAAGGACAAAAACGGCACAGACAUUCUCUAAAACGCUCCAGGCUAUCUGUCAAAGUGUUUCCAGCAGCACGUUACGCGUUGAGCUGCCGUCAGAUUAUUUGGCUAGAUAGAUAAUGAUAUCCUUGACAGUCCUGGGAGCGAUGGCUGGAUUGUGGACCAUAUGUGAGCGCUACUAACUCUGAGAGAGUUUCAUUCAGGAAAGAUGGCCUCUGCACAGGUGCCACACCUGGACUUACCUGGCUUCGACUUUGAGCUGGGCUCCAUAUUCUUGCUAUUUUCCUCAACUGUGCUGUGUGGAUUUGCUCCGCUGUGGUUGUUGAAAGGAACAGGGAGAUGUGGCUUAUAUUCAGAGAGUCGUCACGGAAUGCUGGAUCUGCUUGGCUGCUGUGCUGCGGGGGUUUUUCUGGCAAGCUGUUCACUGAACAUGGUGCCCAGCUACCUGAAGGGAAUGAGUGAGACAUUCAGAGGACUGGGGGUGACACUGCGUUUCCCUGUUCCUGAGUUCAUUCUGGCCAUUGGCUUUCUCUUAGUGCUGGUCAUUGAGCAAGUUGUUCUGGCCCUCAGAGAACACUCUGGCAACCACAUGGCUGAAAAAGAAGCUCUGCUGGUGGGCUCUAUUGACCAGGCACACUUACGGUCUGAGGUGUCCAGAGGAAGAGGCUCCAGUGUACAUGUGGAGGGCAGCUCACUGUCCACUGUCCGUGUUUGUGUCUUGGUUUUCUCACUUUCUCUGUGCUCAGUGUUUGAGGGUUUGGCAGUGGGCCUGCAGGGGGAUGAUGGACAGGGACUGGAGCUGUGUCUCUCCCUGCUGCUUAGUAAGGGGCUGACUGCUCUCAGCCUGGCUGUCAAACUCAUGCAGACCCAGCUGCGGAGGGCCGUAGUGACCGCCUGCUUGCUGCUUUUCUCCGCAAUGUGUCCACUGGGGGCAGUGCUGGGCAUGGGCUUCAGGCAGACCCACACCACUCCUCAGUACCAGCUGGCUCGCUCCACGCUGCAGGGUCUGGCUGCAGGGAGCUUUGCCUAUGUAAUUUUAAUGGAGGUACUGCCUCAUGCUCUGAGUUCCAGUGGGCAGCGUAUCUUGAAAGUCACUCUACUUCUGACAGGCUUCACUGCUGUUACCGGACUCCUGUUCAUUAAACUCUGA